AAACCUUGCUUCCAACUAAUAAAAACAUUUAAAAUAUUUACUGUUUUAACGUCUGGCAAUACUUGACAUUCCUAUGAAUGGCGGUAAUCGUCUGUAUUUCAACUCGUCCUGAAAAAUCAGAAGUUCAGGUUCAUCAUUAUGAUAUCUUUAGCUUCAGUACAGUAUAUUCAUAAAGAAUAAAAUUUCAUGCUGUAAGAAAUGCAAAACGCUAAAGAGCAUGAUGAUUCUUCUGAUCGUAAGUUUAGGAAAACACUUAAUGUGACAAUUAUCAAUAACUUCCUGGAUUUGGAAAAGUUGUCUUCUCACACAUCAGGAUGUUCGACUCUUUCUGCUUUCUUUCACCAUGUGAGAAACUCAUUUAAAGAAAUACCUCAUAUUUUUGUUACUAAUCUGUCAUAUUCUGGUGAUGAAGCACAAAAAGUUGAAGAUCAUUUGUCUUCAAGUUUCACGGAAUGGCUUAUGAUGUGGAUUUUACGAGUUUUGAGCCAGCAGUGUGCAUCACUUGUUCACCAAGAAUGUGAAGAAUUAUUUUUGUCUCUUAUUCAUCUGAUCAAAAUCCACAAUGUCAGUACGUUUCGUCAUUACAUAUUUAAGUUAAUGGAGCUUUUAACAG